AUGGUACUUUUUUCAAGAACUUCGGCGGCGGCUGUACUCAUCGCAAAGGAUCGAAUAUUCAAUGAAAACUUAUUACCGGGAUAUGAUUUCAACUUCACUGUCCGAUUUGACCAGUGCGUUGAAACAGAAGCGACGGGUAUUUCCAUAGAAUUGAUUCGAGAUCUGAAUGUGGAUGCCAUAAUGGGCCCUACAUGCAGUUAUCGUAAGUUUUAUUACGAUAACAGAAGGGAACAAUAA